GGGUCCUCCAGGCGCAUGCGUCAUCCACAGGGGACGGGCCACCGUGAAGUGAUUUCCGGUCCCGCCUCUCCGCCCCGCACACGUCACUUCCAGGACAAGAUGGCGCUGGCGGACGUGCUGAGCUCAUCCUCGUUGGUUUUCCGGAACAACUCGAGCCCGGGGUUGGAGCCGGGACUAGGCCCCGACCGGAGCCUGGGGCUCGAUUUCAUGCUGGCCCCGGGAGGGCGGCUCGGGGAGCGGGAGACCGGCAGCGGGGACAGGAUCGAGAUUUUACACGGAACCACCACCUUGGGAUUCCGGUUUGCCCAUGGUGUGAUCGUGGCUGUGGAUUCCCGGGCCACCGCUGGCUCUUACGUAGCAUCCCAGACGGUGAAGAAAGUGAUCGAGAUCAACCCAUACCUUCUGGGCACCAUGGCUGGGGGCGCGGCAGACUGCAGCUUCUGGGAGAGGCUUCUGGCCCGCCAGUGCCGUAUCUACGAGCUGAGGAACAAGGAGAGGAUCUCUGUGGCUGCUGCCUCCAAGCUGCUGGCCAACAUGGUCUACCAGUACAAAGGCAUGGGGCUGUCCAUGGGCACCAUGAUCUGCGGCUGGGACAAGCGAGGGCCAGGUCUCUAUUACGUUGACAGCGAGGGAAAUAGAGUCUCAGGCCAGAUCUUCUCGGUGGGCUCGGGCUCUGUCUACGCCUACGGUGUGCUGGACCGGGCGUACCGGCACGACAUGAGUCCCACAGAGGCCUACGAGCUGGCCAAGCAGGCCAUCUAUCAUGCCACCUACCGAGAUGCCUACUCUGGGGGGAUAGUCAGCCUGUACCACGUGAAAGAGACCGGCUGGGUGCGUAUCUGCCGUGACGAUGUCAUGGACCUCCAUCAGAAGUACAAAGACGGGUGUGCCUAAAGCCGGGUGGGGGGGGGGGGGGAGGGGGGGGAGGUGUGUGUGUGUGGUGUGUCGGGGGUGUUCCCUACCCAAGAGUUUCACUGGGAUGGGGCAGUUUGUAGGAGCAAACAUGCACUCGAUAAACAGAGUCAAAGCUGCACAAGAGGGUAAGGGACCCCACUCCCAUCUCUCUCUCAUCCUCCCCCUCCCCCAAUCUAAGCUUGGAGCUAUUCGACUGGAUGGAAAGGAGGGGAGAGAGAAAAAUGCAUGUGUGUGACACAACUUUGCAGAUGUCUGCUGGGAAUGGGAGGGUGCAGCUGGGAAAUUAGUGGGUGAACAUUAGGUCUCUCUCCCCCCCCCCCUCCCCACUCUCAAUAUAGUGUUAGAGGGGCACAGGAGAUAAAGGUGAAGAUUAGACCCAUUGUCUGGUUUCAACGAUGAUUUGCCUUUUGAGAUGGAGGGGGAGAGACCCAUUUUGAAUCAGAACUGGGUGUUUUUUUAAUGGUCAUUCCCAUGUUAACACUAACCCUCUGUUUUUUUUUGCUUGGGAUUGCAAUAAACUGUUACAUUUAAGGA